AUGUGGAGCAAAGACGAGCACUCUUUCCCUGGCACCACCCCCAACCCCACGUCGAGCGAUCCGGAGCAAAUGGCCGCUGAUCGAGUACAGCGAAUCAACUCCUCGCAGGAGCAGCUUUUACAAGCGCAGCUACAGCAGCUCGGCAUCGGCACAACUGACUCCAUGCUGGAUUCGCUGCACAACCCAUCCGCGUAUCAAACACCGUUUCUUGCUGCCGAUGCCAGUCCGCUGCGGAACAUUCCGCAGGGCAGCGCGCAGUGGAAUAUGCCCAUGAACGGCUUGUCGAGCAAUACCCCUUGGAACCCCACUCCCAUGCCACCACUCCAGCAUCGGCGCGGCGCGAGCGAUGUGAAUGCGGCAUUCCGCUUCCCUUCUUCCCAGCCCGCCUACCAGCGCGCGGACGAUUUGCCUCCGCGCACGUCCAGCCCAUCCUAUACCUCGGGCAUGGAACAGCAGCGCCAAGCCCUCCAACAACAAAUUGAUCAGCUGCAACUGCAGCAGGAGCAGCUUCUGCGCCAGCAAAACUUUGUGUCGCUGCUUCCGUCCGUGCAUGAGUAUGCCUCUCCGCCGCGCGGCGCCCACCGCAGGAUCCAGAGCCACUCUGCGACCACUGGCCUUGGCGCAUUUGACUUGCUUUCACAGCGUUCUGCGUACGCAGACGCACGCAGCGGAUGGAAUGCUGCGCCCGGCAUGGUGCCGUUCGCGGAGAGCACGUCGCGCUCCAACUUUAGCUUUCCACCGCGGCGCACCACAAGCGAGUCUGUCGGCGCUCGCCACGGCGCGGUCGGCUCUGAAGUGCCGCCACGCGGACAUACGCGCCAUGCGUCAUACCAGCUUGCCUCCGAGCUUUCUCCCGAGUACCUCAUUGCCGGUGGCGGCAUGCUUCACCUCGCCACGAUGGGCACAAACAACGAGUUUUCCGACGACAGUUUCACCGAGUCGCCUGCCAAGCACAACCGAUCCAGCAGCAUGUCCAGUGCACUUUUGUCAUGGCGCCCAGGCACGCCAAAUGCCGACCCACUGCAGAAUUUAUCCCAAGCCCAAGCCCAGCUCGCGGCACUUCACCGCAGCAGGCAGCAGGCCGGCCCCGGGACUCAUUCGCGCAGCGCAUCCUACUCUGGCGGGCGCACACCCAGCCAAGGCCAGGUGCGCAAGGCACUCUUCGGCAGCUACCUUCCGCAAGCGAGCCUCCCCCCUUUGCUGCUCACGGGCAAGCUUGUUGUCGGUAUCCUGCGCGUGAACAAGCGCAACCGCAGCGACGCGUGGGUCACCACUGAGGUCCUGGAGCAUGAUAUCUUUAUCAGCGGCUCCAAAGACAGGAACAGGGCACUGGAAGGGGAUUUGGUCGCCGUCGAGCUCCUCGAUCCCCAAGAAGUCUGGCAGACCAAGCGCGACAAGGUCGACAAGAAGAAGCGCAAAGAAGAGAGCCAAGCCGAUUGUGCGCCGGACAGCCGGCGCAUGGAAAAGGUGCGCGACGAUAUUGAAGUCGAAGGCGCACUGCUCGGCCUUGUUGCCGACGAGGAAGAAAGCGAAAACAGCCCGCCCGCUUUGGCCGGUCAUGUGGUAGCGAUUGUCGAGCGCACGCCCGGCCAAAUCUUUCCCGGCACACUUGCGCUUCUCCGCCCGAGCAGCGCAGCGACCAAGGAAAAGCAGCAAACAGAGCGUCAUGCCGAUGAAAAAGAGCCGGAAAAAGCGUCGCGCCCCAAGAUUAUUUGGUUCCGCCCGUCGGACAAGCGUGUGCCGCUGAUUGCCAUUCCCGCCGACCAGGCGCCGCCGGAUUUCUGGGAUGAGAGCCCUGCAUUCAACACGUGUCUUUUCGUCGCUGGCAUCAAGCGGUGGCCGAUCACGUCGCUGCAUCCGUUUGGCGCCAUGGUAGACCGACUUGGACAGAUCGGGACCUUGGAGGCUGAGUUUGAAGCGCUCUUGCGCACCCACUGCAAUGCGCUCGCCUCCGCCUUUUCCGAGGCUGCCCUCAAAAGCAUCGCGCAGUGCAAAGUGCCGGCGCACGAGUAUGCCGAUCGUGCUUCAUUUGGCCCUACGCAAGGCUCCCCCACGUCAAAAGCAGCCGUCUUUUCUCUCCAGGACAACCGGCUGCAGGACACGGCGUUUAGCGUGGAAAUACGCGACGAUGCUUUUUGUGUUGGCGUGCACAUCGCCGACGUUUGUGCUCAUGUUCGCCCGGGCAGUGCGCUGGAUCGCGAAGCAAAGAAGCGCGGCGAAACUGUCGAUUUAGUGCACAAGGCGUACGACAUGCUGCCGCCCGCGCUCGGCGAGCGCGUUGGUUUGCAUCCCGGCAAGGACCGUCUGGCAUACUCGGUUGUGUUUACCCUGGCCAACGACGAUGCCGAGGUAUGGAUCGGCAAAUCCGUCGUGCAUGUCCAGGAGCGGCUCACGGAAGCUGCCUUGGAUGCACGCACCUCGCCUCCGUUCCAGCAACUCAAGCAAUAUACCAGCCGGCUGCGUGCGGAGCGUAUUGCGCAAGGGGCACUGCUGCAUACACGGCCGCACCUCGCCUUUGCCUUGGACAAGCACGGGUCUCCUACAGCCGUGCAUGUCGUGCAGCACAGCACCCACGAGCUCAUUUUGCGUGCCAACCGUGCUAUUGCGUUCCGAAUUGCAGCGGCACUUCCAAACGCAGCGCUGUUGCUCCGCCAAGACGCGCCGCAAGGCCGCGCGAUGGAUGCACUUUGCAGCCAGCUUCGUGCGCUUGGCAUUCAAGAAGCGGUGUCUACCGCGACGCUUCCCUCGAUUAUCGCUUCGCUAGACGCGCCGGCACGGAACGUGGCCGAUGCACUGCUUGCCAACGCGAUGGAUGCGCCGAAAUUCUACUGCACUGGCAUGGUCGAUAUCGCCAAGUUUGCGCACUACACGUUGCCCGCUCCUUUGUACACGCAGUGCUGCGCUCCUUUGCACAGCUACGCGGAUCUCUGUGUCCAGCGCCAGCUCGAAACUGUGCUGCAGAAUGCGACACAGGAUGCGGAAUCUGUUGCCAAGAUUGCACAGCAGAGCAACAGCAAACACCAAGCGACACUGGCUGCCAAGGCCCAAUGUGAACACCUGUACCUUUGCCAGCUCAUUUGUACGUGGUCAGCCAUGCAUGGGUUGCUUCGCCGCACGGCGACUGUUAUGGCGGUGAGCAAGACCUUUUUCGAUAUUCUCAUCCCCGAUCUGGGCGUCGAGAAGCGCAUCUAUUUGGAUUGUUUGCCGCUGGAGACCUACACUUACGACGCGCCCCGCUCUUGUCUUUACUUGACUUGGCGACGCGGUAUUCAUUCACUCCAAUACUUUUCAACAUCCGUCCACGAUGCGCACAUUGCGCAGCUCUGGGCAACACUUCAAGAUUCGGUACAGACGGCGCCCCAUGAGGGCGAGACGCUGCAGCAUAUCCGGCCCCUUGCACAGCUAGAAGUAUACAUCGCCGCCGAGCUUGAAAAGAGCCCGCCGAUUCUGAAGGUGUUUGCUGAAAAUCCAUUUGCACGAUAG